ACAAGGCUGUGUGCCCGGCGGGGGUUCGACGGGUGCCGGGAGAGGGCAUGAGCACACCUUAUAAAAACGGCGAGCGGGCGGGUGUCUCCUGCAGUAGCACCGGCACCUCCGGAGACUGCGUCCUCAGUUUGAACUUCUUGCCUAAGAACUGGAAACACUAACUAGUUUGAAAAUGGAAAACCAGCAACCAGUGGAUUCUCCUCGAAAAACCAAACAGUUUAUUAUUUCAGAGGAGUUAAUUGCAGAAGGAAAAUGGGUCAAGUUUGAAAAAACAACUUACAUGGAUCCUACUGGUAAAACAAGAACUUGGGAAACUGUGAAACGUGCAACCAGGAAAGGACAGUCGGCUGAUGGUGUGACGAUUAUCCCAGUGCUGCAAAGAACUCUUCAUUAUGAAUGUAUUGUUCUGGUGAAACAGUUCCGUCCACCCAUGGGAAGCUACUGCCUGGAAUUCCCUGCAGGUCUUAUAGAUGACAAUGAAAGCCCAGAAGCAGCUGCUCUGCGCGAGCUGGAAGAAGAAACUGGCUAUAAAGGUGAUAUUGCUGAAUGCUCUCCAGUUAUAUGUAUGGAUCCAGGUUUGUCAAACUGUACCACACACAUCGUGACAGUAACUAUUAAUGGAGAUGAGGCUGAAAAUGUAAGACCUAAGGCAAAGCUAGGAGAUGGAGAAUUUAUGGAAGUAAUUUCCUUGCCAAAGAAUGACUUGAUGAACAGACUUGAAGCAUUGGUAGCUGAAGGACAUCUGACAGUGGAUGCGAGGGUCUAUUCCUAUGCACUGGCGCUGAAACAUGCAAACACAAAGCCAUUUGAAGUGCCCUUUCUGAAAUUUUAAGGCCAGAGGAGAGCAGCAAUGUUUUUGUAAAUGAGGCCACAAGGCCUCUUCACUAAGAGUUUGUAUUCAGCUAAGUUUAAUGGAGAUUUGAAAUUACCUUUUUUCACAAAAUAAAAACAACAAAG